AUGCCUCCAAGCAGUCCGCAACUUCCUCAACAUUCAAGAACACUUCUCGAGCAGCACGCCAAGAUGCAGUCACGUCAACUCUUCACCCUUCUCUGGUUUGCCCUUGUCGCUACCAGCAUCAAAGCAUACCUGAUCGAGCCAACUAAGCUCGUUUGGGAAGCCGGAAUGCCGAUCGAGGACGCUAUCGAAGGUUUGAAAGGGCAUGUAGCCGAAGCCAUGCAGUCGAACCGCCAACUGAAAGCUCCUCACCUGGAUGCCUUUCCCCAGUUUUUCCGAGACAUGAACCUGAUCAACAGGAUGUCUGGUCGGCACGCUCGAUAUCCCAUCACGGGGCUGGAGUGGAAUACCUGGUACGAGGGCGAGCUGAGACGCAUCCAUGCCGAUGGGCAGGCUUACCAGCGUUCGGUUGCAGAAACCCACGCCGCUGCCGCAAGGCUCCCACGAGAUGGGCGUCUGCCUUGA